UCUGAGCCGCUAGCUGACACUGACAGCAGCAGCAGCAGCAGGCUAGCCUUUAGCUCCGGCUUCAUUCAUCCCGUCCAACUACCGCAAACAUGCAGGAAUGGGCCAGCCAGCUCUGCGAGAACCGACAGUUUGGAUCCAAGAUGACGGACUCCAAAUACUUCACCACUACCAAGAAAGGGGAGAUUUUUGAGCUCAAGGCGGAGCUGAACAGCGACAAGAAGGAGAAGAAGAAGGAGGCGGUCAAAAAGGUCAUCGCCUCAAUGACGGUGGGGAAGGACGUCAGUGCUCUGUUUCCAGACGUGGUGAACUGCAUGCAGACCGACAACCUGGAGCUGAAAAAGCUGGUCUACCUCUACCUGAUGAACUACGCCAAAAGUCAACCCGACAUGGCCAUCAUGGCUGUCAACACCUUUGUGAAGGACUGUGAAGACCCCAACCCUCUCAUCCGAGCCCUCGCCGUCCGGACCAUGGGCUGCAUUCGCGUGGACAAGAUCACAGAGUAUCUCUGCGAGCCUCUGAGAAAAUGUCUGAAGGACGAGGACCCCUAUGUGAGGAAGACGGCCGCGGUGUGCGUGGCAAAGCUGCACGACAUCAACGCCCAGUUGGUGGAGGACCAAGGCUUCUUGGACACCCUCAAAGAUCUCAUUUCAGACUCCAACCCCAUGGUCGUAGCGAAUGCAGUGGCAGCACUGUCUGAAAUCGCCGAGUCACAUCCCAACAGCAAUCUGCUGGACCUGAACCCUCAGACCAUCAACAAGCUGCUGACAGCUCUUAACGAAUGCACGGAGUGGGGGCAGAUAUUUAUUCUCGACUGUCUGGCUAAUUACACACCUCGGGAUGAUCGGGAGUCCCAAAGCAUCUGUGAGCGCGUCACCCCGCGGCUCUCGCAUGCCAACUCGGCCGUGGUGUUGUCUGCGGUUAAAGUUUUGAUGAAGUUCAUGGAGAUGCUCCCCAAAGACCUGGACUAUUACGGCACUCUGCUGAAGAAGCUCGCCCCGCCUCUGGUCACGCUGCUCUCUGCUGAGCCUGAGCUGCAGUAUGUUGCACUCAGAAACAUCAACCUGAUUGUGCAGAGAAGACCAGAAAUCCUGAAACAUGAAAUGAAGGUUUUCUUUGUGAAGUACAACGACCCGAUCUAUGUCAAACUGGAGAAACUGGACAUAAUGAUUCGCCUUGCGUCUCAGGCCAACAUUGCCCAGGUGCUGGCUGAGCUGAAGGAGUAUGCCACUGAGGUGGAUGUGGACUUUGUGCGUAAAGCGGUCAGGGCCAUCGGCCGCUGUGCCAUCAAAGUGGAGCAAUCAGCAGAGCGCUGCGUCAGCACGUUGCUGGAUCUCAUCCAGACCAAGGUCAAUUAUGUGGUGCAGGAGGCCAUAGUCGUCAUCAAGGACAUCUUCCGCAAGUACCCCAACAAGUAUGAGAGCGUGAUCGCCACUCUGUGUGAGAAUCUCGAUUCCUUGGACGAACCAGAGGCGCGCGCCGCCAUGAUCUGGAUUGUGGGAGAGUACGCCGAGCGCAUCGACAACGCCGACGAGCUGCUCGAAAGCUUCUUGGAGGGCUUCCAUGACGAGAGCACUCAGGUGCAGCUGCAGCUUCUGACUGCAAUAGUCAAGUUGUUCCUGAAGAAACCCACAGAGACCCAGGAGUUGGUGCAGCAGGUCCUUAGCCUGGCCACACAGGAUUCUGAUAACCCAGACCUCAGGGACCGAGGCUACAUCUACUGGCGUCUGCUCUCCACGGACCCUGUGGCUGCCAAGGAGGUGGUUCUGGCUGAGAAGCCGCUGAUCUCCGAGGAGACGGAUCUGAUUGAGCCGACUUUGCUGGAGGAGCUGAUCUGCCACAUCGGUACCCUGGCCUCUGUGUACCACAAGCCUCCCAGCGCCUUUGUGGAGGGCAGCCGCGGCGUUCAGCACAAGAGGCUCCCUGGCAGUGCUGGAUCCGGAGAGAGCGUUGAGAGCCCAGACACCGGCUCUGCAGCAGGAGCUUCUGAUGCGCCACCCGCUGUCAUCCCGUCCCAGGGAGACCUCCUGGGAGACCUCCUCAAUCUUGAUCUGACACCCCCUGCCACUACCGGACCCCCACCACCAGCCACAUCUGGCCUGCAGCUGGGUGCCAUGGACCUGCUUGGAGGAGGACUGGACAGCCUGAUGGGGGAUGAGUCUGAGCCGCCGCCCAUUCCCCUGCGGACGGACACCCCUCAGUCACCUCAGGUCCUGCAUCAGUCCCCAUCGCCCCCAGAUUACAGCCCCACCGAGCUCGGGGGAGACCUUGGAGGAAGUUCGGCUAUGGGAGCCGGUUUCGGUGCUCCUCCUCCUGCUGCUGCGGCAGCCCCGUUCAGCGCCCCCGUCAGCGGCGGCCUGGAUGACUUGUUCGAUCUUGGAGGUGGAGUCGGUAUGCCCAUGGGAGCGUACAGCCCACCAAAAACAGUUUGGCUGCCAGCCAUGAAGGGCAAGGGGCUCGAAAUAUCCGGCACCUUUGCCCGCCGUGCCGGUGUCAUCCAAAUGGAGAUGACUCUCACCAAUAAAGCAAUGAGUGUCAUGACUGACUUCGCCAUCCAGUUCAACAGGAACAGUUUUGGUCUGGCUCCAGCUGGUCCUCUCCAGGUCCUGACCCCCCUCAGCCCCAACCAGAGCAUCGAAGUGGCCCUCCCACUCAGCACCGUUGGACCUGUUAUGAAGAUGGAUCCGCUCAACAACCUGCAGGUGGCUGUUAAGAACAACAUUGACGUGUUUUACUUCAGCUGCCAGUACCCCAUCAGCAUGCUGUUUGUCGAGGACGGGAAGAUGGAGAGACAAGUUUUCCUCGCCACGUGGAAAGACAUCCCCAACGACAGCGAGGCCCAGUUUCAGAUCGCAGACUGCCGUCUCAGCUCGGAUGCAGCCUCCAACAAGCUUCAGGGUAGCAACAUCUUCACCAUAGCUAAGCGCACAGUGGACGGCCAGGACAUGCUGUAUCAGUCCACGAAGCUCAGCAACGGCAUCUGGGUCCUGGCUGAGCUGAGGGUGCAGACGGGAAACCCGAAUUUCACAGUCUGUCUGAAGUGCAGAGCUCCAGAGGUCGCCCAGUGCGUGUUCCAGAGCUACGAGGCGGUGCUGAAGAACUGAGACCACGACCGGACCCCCCCCAAUCCUCCUGGCCGCCCUCUUCUGCUCUUUCUCACUGACCCUCCGACCAGGUCGCAGCCUCACGCGGCGCAGAAACGGCGUCCUGCAGUCCUUUCUUUAGAGCGCUUUUACUUCCUGAAAACGACGGCAGUGACCUGAGGCGCUCUGUCUUUAUUCGUGCUUCGGUUUCAGGAUUUCUGUCUCAAGCUAAAUCAAUGGAACGUCUCCAGCCUUCGUUGCUUUCCCUUCAUAAUGACCCAUAUUCAUUAGGGGCCAGACGGCGGCCCGACUCCUGUCGUUGCGACGCUCUCUGCAUGAGGCUCUGCAAUCAUUUUCUAGCCCCACUUCUUCUCUUCACUCUAUUUUUAGCUCCUGCAAUCAGCAGGUGAACCAUCAGCUUCACUCUGGUUAUUUGGGGGGGGGGGGGGUCGUUAAGUUGAGACGCAGUAGAAAGAGGCCCGUGCCAGGUGGACACACAAAUACUUAAACUACACUAUAGCGAUUUUUUUUUUUCUUUUUUUUUUUUUUUCUAAAGUUUUCUUUGGUAUCUGUGUGGAGCAGUGGAUCUGAAUCCUCUACUGUCCCUAAAAUCAGAAUGUCUUGUCUGACGUGUGCAUGGAAAUCUGUUUCUUUUUUUUUUUUUUUUUACAUCAAUAUCUUGACAUUUACAGCGUAGCAGCAGGUGUCAGCUCACUGCUCUCAUGCUUAGUCAUUCCAUGGUUUAAUUUGUGUUUUGUAUUCCUCCUGUUAGUGUCCGUGAAGCGGGCUGGAAGAGAGCCUCAGGGUGCGUUUCUUUUUUUUUUUUUUUUUUUUUUUUUAAUACGUCCGGUCUGUUCCUGCGUCAGCGACGGCCUCUCGGGCUCUCUGCCACUCUGCUCUCUCUUCCUCUGUCUCCACGCUGCAGCUCUCCACCGAAGAUGAAGGCCCAGGUGACACGAUUGUCGUCAUUUGUUACAGAUAAAAGCAUACGUGUAGGUAGCACAGCGUCUCACCUGAGGGAGGGCCGAUUGGAUUAGUUUUCCACGUGGUCGCGCUGAAGCGCUUUGUCUCUACGGCACGGAGGCACCUACUCUUAAUGCUUGGUGAAGAUAUACAACGGAGGCUGUGGAUUGUGUGUUCCCCUUUUUGUGUGUGUGUGUGUGUGUGUGUGGUGAUGGAUGAUUCAUGACAUGCUGUGUUAAUUAAUCAGAUGUUUAAUCAGAUGUUUUUGAUUUCCUUAAUUUUGUCGUAUGCUUGUACAUCGUUUGGAGAAAAAAAAAGUCCAACUAUUAAAAGUCCUGAUGAAUCCA